GCCCGGCCUGGCCCCAUGGAGCCAGGCCCCAUCUCCACCACGGCUGGGCCCCUGCCGCGGGCUGACGGCGCGGCGCUGACAAAGCGCAGCUCCCUCUCAGUGACCCUCCGCCACAGCGGCUGGGCGGCCCCCCGGGACCGGCAGCGCCUCCCAGCCCCCCGGGAGCCGCUGGCCCUGUGCGAGGUGGCUGCGCCAUGGCCCCAGCCCUUCCCCGCCUCGGCCCCCUCGCCCCGCCGGCCGCCCCUGGGCGGCAGGGAGAGGCCGGCCGGGGCCGAGGGGCUGAGCAGCCCCCCGCCAGCCCGGGGGGAGAUGCCGGUGGCAGUGCUUCGCCCGCACCCUGACACCCAGAGGGGCUCGGCCCCCGUCACCCCCAUCCUCCCUCGGCCGCGGCACGACGGCCCUGGCAGCACAGAGAUGGCGGCGAAGAUGCUGGGCCCCGGGCUGCAAGCGAGCGCCGGCGGAGGGAGCACGGGCAGCACCGGUGGGUCUCCUCGGCCCGGCCCAGCCUGGCCGGCACGGCCAGUGGAGGGCAAAAACGAGGCAGCCAUGUCUGAACUGGUCCCAGAGCCGCGGCAAAAACCAGCUGUGCCAAUGAAACCAAUGGGCAUUAAUGCCAACUUGCUGGGCUACAUCGGGAUUGACACCAUCAUUGAGCAGAUGCGCAAGAAGACCAUGAAGACAGGUUUCGACUUCAACAUCAUGGUUGUAGGUCAGAGUGGGCUGGGGAAGUCGACACUGGUGAACACCCUCUUCAAAUCCCAGGUGAGCCGCAAAUCUUCAGGCUGGAACCGUGAGGAGAAGAUCCCCAAGACAGUGGAGAUCAAAGCUAUUGGGCAUGUCAUUGAAGAAGGUGGUGUCAAGAUGAAGCUGACAGUGAUUGACACCCCAGGAUUUGGGGACCAGAUCAACAAUGAGAACUGCUGGGAACCUAUUGAGAAAUACAUCAAUGAGCAAUAUGAAAAAUUUUUGAAAGAGGAGGUGAAUAUUGCAAGGAAGAAACGAAUUCCAGACACGCGAGUGCACUGCUGCCUCUACUUCAUCUCCCCCACAGGCCACUCCCUGCGGCCUUUGGACCUGGAGUUCAUGAAACAUCUCAGCAAGGUAGUGAACAUCAUCCCUGUUAUUGCCAAGGCUGACACCAUGACCUUGGAGGAGAAGACUGAAUUCAAACAAAGAGUGCGCAAAGAGCUAGAAGUAAAUGGGAUUGAGUUUUACCCCCAGAAAGAAUUUGAUGAGGACCUGGAAGAUAAAACAGAGAACGACAAAAUCAGGCAGGAAAGCAUGCCGUUCGCAGUAGUGGGCAGCGACAAGGAGUACCAAGUGAACGGCAAAAGAGUCCUGGGCAGAAAAACACCUUGGGGAAUCAUUGAAGUGGAAAACCUCACUCACUGCGAAUUUGCCCUACUUCGAGACUUUGUCAUCAGGACCCACCUUCAAGAUCUAAAAGAAGUGACCCACAACAUCCACUACGAGACCUACAGGGCCAAGCGACUGAAUGACAACGGAGGGCUGCCCCCCAUGACCGUCGAGACAGAGGAAAACCAUGAAAGUAACCUGUGAAUGACCCCUCCCUGCUGUCACCCGUUGUCUCUGGAUAUGACAAUCCAUCCGUGCUACCCUUGACUCUACCAUGGGCCUGUCUUGGAAACGUGGCGCAUCCUCUGCGUGUGCGAGAGGAUGUGUGCAUGCGUGUGUGUAUGUAUACCUGUGUGCCAGGGUUGGACCAAAGCAUCUCCUUUGUCCUUCCCAGUAUGUCCUCAUUCUUGUUUUGUUUUUACACAGACUGUCAUCUUCCUUUUUCUCAUGUUCUGUGGCUCAGAUGUGUGUCUUGCUUAGAGGAAAUAGGGCUGGGGGGUUGAUUUCUGGGAGCAGGAGGGCUCUGGAGGUGGGAGGUAUGGCAUAUGGAGUAGGCUGUAGUCCUGUGUUUAUCCCUUGGAGACGCAGCAAGGAGAGACUCCCAGGAGAGAUGGUGGAGUCAGUGCAUGCAGUGUCUUCCAGUGAUGGCAGCAGAGCUUUCUGCUGGGUCCUUGGUGGGUGAAAAGGCAGUGGUUGCUCUGAGGAGUAUGGGGGAGGGCAGUAUUUUUUCCCCAUUUCUUGCUGUGGCUUCCCAAGGGGAAAUAGAAAUGUGGAAGUGGAUAGAUGCGGGAAGUGACAUACUGACAUGUUUUGAGGUCCAGGCCAUGACUGAUGGGAGGAGACACACUAGUUCUUGGGCCUUACCAUCUAUUUGAGAAGCAUCAAAGUAUUGAGGGAAAUAGCCAUAUUUUCCAAAAAAAGCAAAACCAAGAGGAACAGAAUGUGUUUCUGCAGCAGAGGAUGCAUUUUCCCUGCCUUGUGCUAAGAUCAAAAGCCAUCCUUGAAGGUCACAGGCUUUUGAUCCUGUGUAGCCUCCAGCUCCGACCGAGCUGUCCUGAGGCUACCCUACCUCAUGCCCAGCUGCAGCAGUCUCUUCAGCCUCUCUCCACCAGCGCCAAGCUGGUCCUGGCCAUACCUUUCUUCUGCAGCACGGUCCCACUGCUGAGGGGUGCAGGGAACACUGUAUCAUGCGGGGCUGGCUGGGGACUCCUUGGGGACAGCUCUGCUCAGCACACGGCCUUGGGCUAAGAGAGUUGCUGAGGGUGACACACUGGACCAGGGUGUCUCCCUUGGUCUCCACUGGUGGCAAGAACACAAGAAAAACCUUCUCUUCACUAAAACGUCUAUUUGCUACUCCAGCAGUCUUAGUCUGUGCUGCCCCUCUGCCCCUCCUAUUGCGCUCCCAGCUUCUAAGUCCUCCUCUCUUUUAUUUUUCUCCUCAUUCCCUUUUACCCCUCUAUCUCUUCCUUAUUCCAUUUCUUUCCCUCUCUUUCUCUGUUCUCUACCCUGUCUCUCCUUCAUUUUCUCCAAGUGUUUUAGUGUUCCUCUUCUCCAAGUUCUUUCUUCCUUCUCCCUCCCCAUCUCUUCACCAGCUCUCACACAUGCUCCUUAUGUACAUGCUUUUGUUGUGCCAUGUUCAGAAGCUGCUGUUUUACCUUCCCUUGUAUGGGACUGGGACCCAGAAGCAGACUGUGGAACAGCAGCUUUACUGAAGGCUUUAUUGUCCUGUUUAGCCAGUGUCCCCACGUCAGGGUUGGAAUUCAUUUUCACAUUGUAAAAUACAUUGCUUUUAGGAAAGACAAACACACCUGGCCUACUCUGUUCCCCGAUCCCUCUGGCCAGUGUGGAGCAGGCCUGAGUAUUCAGCCUCCAGCUGGGCACAAGGAAGGUGGCAGCACGUGCCCUCUCAGGCAGACAGCAAGGGCUCCACUGUGUCAGGGUGCUGUGGGGUGAAAACUAUGUACCACAAGGAGGGAGAGACAUCACCGAAUUCAGUUAUGUAGAAAUGCACUUUCCCCCUUUUGCCCAAGAUUCCUGUGUGCUGGGGCUCCCCGUCCUCCCUGGGGCUCAGCUGCAGCCUUGCCCCUGCCUGCCGCCACAUGUGCUUGUGAUGCUGCUGGGGCAGAGAGCUGCAGUGGCUGCUGUAUCAGCCCUCCUUGCCCAUCAGCAGGGAUAUGUCCUCACAUCUGUUUUCAAGGAGCUGACUUCCUUCUUCACACAGAGGCCAAGUCACAAGUCAGUGCUGUUACUGAGAAUAGCUUUAGUUUUCUUCAUCUGAGGCAUCUUAAUCCAGAGGCAUCUUCACAUUUGAUCUCUGGUGAAAGAGCACUGUCAGCUCUUUCCUCUACGUAGCUGAGCCAGGAAGAAGGCAUCAUAGCUGACUGCACAGAAGGGAGGAGGGACUCAGCCCCUCCUGACAGAUAUCACAGCUGCUGCAAGUUCGACAGCCUCUGCCUGUCUGUCACCUAGCGGAUGCAUGUCACACAGUUGGCAGGGGCUGUCGCUUCCAGAAGAGCGGUAGGUUGUAUUUCAAAUGCACAUGGAGAAUGCCAUGGUGUGGGACUGUAGCAGCACGAGUAACGGGAAGUGCAGUUGGUUAGGGAUGGGCAGCUGGUAAGGCUGACGCAGGAGGGAGGAGGAGAUCCUAGCGAGUGAAUAGCUGGAGAUGACUCAGGCUAAGUCUGAGGUUUGCUGACAGAGCAGUAUGGGGGCCAGCCCUGGGAAGGCAGAGGGUGCUUCGGAGACACCGAGCCUUAGCAGAACCAUGUAAGAGAAUAUGUCCAUGAUGUGGCUUUCUCUGGUGUUGUCAUUGCAAAGCAAAAGUCUCUUCAGUUUCACUCCUAUCUGUCCAUACAAGUCAGCCAUUCUCAACAUCACAAGGAUGUGAAGGCCCUACUGGUCUUUCUUGGUCCUUUCACCACCCAUGUUCAUGGCUCCCAGCACUCCUGUAUGCAGUGUGCACACAUAGUGUUACCUCCUCCUUCCCAUUCGCACCAGGCCUCCCGGGCCCAACAGAGAAUAAAAGCCUCUUCACUGGUGCAAGCAGCUGUAUCACAGACCUCACAGACAGGGAAAAUGUCCUGUUAUUGCUACUUGUCCUGCCAUCUGUCUUGGCCAUUCACAGCCAGACGCAGGGUAAAAGCCUCCGCACGGCUCAUCUCCUCCCACUGGCCAGACCAACGUGGACGUGACUGCAGCAUCACUGGCUGCCAUGAACAUCAUCCCGGAGUUCUCUGCUGUGGCUGCUUCUGUCCAUGCUGUACAUAAUGUUUUAAACCCAGUACAGCAGGAAAGACAUCUCCAGUCCUCCUCUUCUUCACUGAACUGAAGCCUGAAUCUGCGCUCUAUCAUAUUCAGCAGGUGCAUACGGAGGUGCUUCCUGUACUUGCUUUCUCACGUCUCUCUUUGACAGCCGUGCUGCUGCUAUAAAGAAACUUUCUUGCCGUUGGGCUUUGUCACCCCAGGCUGUGACAUGCACCAUCGGUGCCAAGUGCUGCAGGGUGCCUUUUUGUCUGCAGUAGGUUCACCUCUGUGACUUUUGGGCCCAAACAUGGGUUAUGGCAGAAAGCCAACACUGCCCUGCUUAGUGAAAGCAAAGUGGUCCUCAUGCAAAAAAAGAGGGCAGUUUUCCAUUGCUUAUAACUUGUUUCAAGCUCUGCUCUGCAAUUCCCAGUCAGAUCAUGGACUACUUUUAAUGGACCCAUAAAAGUUCACUGAGCAAAGCAAGCUCAGGUAUGCCACACUGCCAUCCAGUCAUGCAAACAUCCUAAUGGCAUCUGCAUAUCUACCAGAAAGUCUUUCUAUGUCCACAAGUGACAAAAAUCAAAAACUGCCCAUGUUGUGUGACUGCAGAAGAUAGGAGUCUGUUGGAGAUAGGUCUCUGCUGAUGGAAAAGCUGGGAAAAGCCUCAGUGGAUCCUAGCUCUCUCGUGUCACCAGCUGAUUCCCAGGGUGACCGCAGCAAAUCAGAUGAACCCCUCAUAGUCACCACUUUAAUGGUACGCAACACAGAGAGAUGAUAGAGUUCAAACUUUACCCGGGAGGUAUGCAGUCUUUUAGCAUUCAAAGACUCAUGAACUCUUUACCAUGUAAGUUAUUCCCAAAGGAAGUUUGUAAUGCGUGGUAGAUCCCAAAGGCCUUUUUUUAUACUGGACAAAAUAUCAUUUAGGCUAGCUAAGGUGCUAACUAACAUUAUGGCAGACAUGGUUUUGCCCUUAAAGAGAGCAAGAAGGGUUAUGAUUAGACACUAGUAUUUGCGGUUAAUUAUAAGGGCAAAUUAAUUAAGAUCAGCUUAUGUUUUUAAGCAGGCAUCUCGGAGGGCAAGGCUGUGUAAAACAUGGUGUUAGUCAGUACCUUUGGAAGGGGAUGCGUAUUUCCCCCAGCCUCAGCAAGCCUCUGAAAAAGGGCAGCAAAACGAGGUGCUGGAAGGGUUCAUUGAGCCCGGGAUGGAAAGGGAGUGCUUCAGUGAGACGUGAAUGGAAGGUUUGGCAGUAUUUACAUCCAAAGCUUUCCC